CAAGUUUAGCUCCACCAAAAAAUGGAACUCAGUUACCCCUUCCCCUGCCCUCAGUUCCCUCCAGGGUUCCGCUUCCAUCCCACAGAUCAAGAACUCAUCAUUCAUUACCUGAAAAAGAAAGUUACCGCAUCUCUUCCUCAUUCCUCAUCCAUAAUUGCUGAACUUGAUCUCUACAAGUACAGCCCUUGGGAACUCCCAGAGAAGGCCGUGUUCGGAGAGGAAGAGUGGUUCUUCUUCAGCCCCAGAGACCGGAAGUAUCCUAACGGAGUCAGGCCCAAUCGAGCUGCGGGGUCAGGCUACUGGAAGGCUACCGGCACCGAUAGACCCAUCCUUGAAAUUGGUGGAGCACAGUGCCUUGGAGUAAAGAAGGCACUUGUAUUCUACAAGGGCCGGCCACCGAAGGGGACAAAGACUGAUUGGGUCAUGCACGAAUAUCGUCUUCUAAACUCUUUGGCUCCAACUCAGUCUCAAAAGCAAAAAGGAUCCAUGCAAUUGGAUGUCUGGGUCCUGUGUCGAGUCCGGCAAAGAGGCAGCCUUCCGCGUUCAGAAAAUGUUGAAAAAUUGGAGACAUGGAGCUCAAUGCCAGCCUUCCAUAGUCAAGCACAUCAAAAGCAGCAGGAGCUAAUGCUUCGGCAAGUCGAAGAGACAGUGAAAAACAACAUUUUUAUGUUCGGCGCCCACAAUAAAGCCAACUACUUGCAACCUGGGAACUCAGAGGAAGGCGAGAGCACAGAGGAUAGCUCUAAUAUUGGUGGUAAUAGCGGUGGUGGUUUAGAUGGUGGAUGUUUAAAUCCUUUCAAGACGAAGUUGUCAUUCGGUGAGGAGCUGAUGUUGCUUCAUCCGAGCAAAAGAUUUCAGUUUUUGCCGGACGAGUCAGAUUCUGCCAAUCAAGGCUUACUGGACUGCUUGGUUUGAUGCAUUUUUACCUUAAAGACUUCGUUUUGUAGUAGUUAAUUUGCUUCUUAUGCUCACCUUUUUUGUGUUUCAUCUUUUGAUAAGCUUUCAGAACUGCGAUCGGAGCGAGAGCAUGAAGCUUGUGUAGUAAUGGCAGUAUUGUAGUGUAGAUUAAUGUUUCUCAUUAAGCACAAGUAGCCUUUCAUUGGUCUUUAUCUAAUUUGUCUCUCUGAGUUGCUUACUAUCGGCAUAUCAAAAUUUUCUUUUUUAAAUA